CAGAGUACAGUCGGUUCGAGGCGAAGAUCCACGACCUGAGAGAGCAGAUGAUGAACAGCAGCAUCAGUUCAGGAUCCGGGUCUCUGCGGACGAGUCAGAAGAGGUCGCUGUAUGUCAGAGCUCUGUUUGACUACGAUAAGACCAGAGACUCGGGUCUUCCCAGUCAGGGACUCAACUUCAAGUUCGGGGACAUCCUCCACGUGGUGAACGCCUCGGACGACGAGUGGUGGCAGGCCAGACAGCUGACCCCCCAGGGGGAGGGGGAGGAGGUGGGGGUGAUCCCCAGCAAGAGACGGGUGGAGAAGAAGGAGAGGGCGAGAUUAAAGACGGUCAAGUUCAACGCAAAGUCUCGAGACCGAGGGGUGAGUGUUUCAACUGCAGCACACGCCGUUUCUUUCUAGUUAUUGACACGUUACUUCUACCUC